GGGCAUAUUCAAGCACGCCGGCAACGCUAGAGGCGAUCGAGAAGUUCUUGAAACCGAUUCAGAAGGACAUCGCGGCGAUCAAGGAGAUGGCAAAGUCAAACAUGCCAGCGCCGAGUGACAUCUACAUGAAAGGUGACAUCUACAACGGCAUUGUUUUUGCAGAGAUGAGUGGCGACACAGAUGCAGAGACAGCGCUGCGCAU